CCCAUCGUGGUUUACACAUUACGUAUUACGCUAAUAAUUAACUAAAAAUAAUUGGAAGGUUUAAAUUACGAUAAUUAGGUGAUGAAGAAACAAAAUAGAAAAAAAAGCUGUGAAGAAAUAUCUUGGAGCCGUCCUUGCGUGGCACCGCGAAAUGGUUCCCAGCCAUACAAAUAUUCUAGUCAAUCCAAUCUCUUAUUGUACGAACUAUUUUAUUCUAUUCUAAUUUCGAUCAUCAUGAGUAGCCGCCCAAUUACAAUUAAUGAAUUAAUUAAUCAUGCCCUGCACCCGUAGUAUAUAUAUAAUAAAUUAAAGUGGGGGUGAUGUGGUAGGGUUGGUGGCAAUGAGGAAGGUACACCCUGGUGCAUGUGUGAGUGAGACAGCGUGGGAGAGGUCAAAUAGUGGUGUUGGUGGUGGUGGUGGUGAUGAUGCAGUGGUCCUCACCGUGUGGAAGAAGUCUCUCCUCCCAAAUUGCCAUGGAUUCACCGUUUUCGACACUAACAGAGGGAAUCUGGUGUUCAGGGUGGAUAACUACAUUGGAGGGAACAAGGAUCACAUACUUCUCAUGGACGCUGCAGGCACACCUCUCCUCACUAUCCGCCGCAAGAGGCUGAGCUUGGGAGACACCUGGCUGGUGUUUGAAGGAGAGGAUGAGUCUCUGAAACCACUUUUUACAGCGAGGAAGAGUGUCAGCAUCUUGAACAACAGCAACAAUAAGUGUUUGGCACACCUCCUGAGCUCCUUUGGAACAGGAAAUAUGAAGAAGGAAGUUGCGUAUGAGAUAGAGGGGUGCUACGCCCGGCGUUGCUGCACGUUUUACAGCAAGAACAGGAGAAAAGUUGCAGAGAUAAAGAUGAAAGAAGGUGAGGCAGGAGGGAUAGUUUUUGGCGCAGACAUCUUCCGUCUCAUUGUACAGCCUGAGAUGGACACCGCUCUCGCCAUGGCCUUUCUCAUCCUCCUUGAUCACAUGUUUGGAUCCCGUUGACUUCACAACUUCAUAGCUUAAAUUCAUGCAACAAGUCGAUCACUAUCAUCCUUCCUGCUUGGUUUUUCAUUUUAUACAAAAACCCAAGCUUUAUCAGAUUACCGUGUAAAUGCACGCAUAUCAUUUUAUCCUCUAAAAAUAAUACAAGCUUUUAAUGUAGAAGUUCCUUGAAUUAGUUUAUAUUUCAAUAGUCACAUCCUAUAAAAGAUCCCAUGAAAAAAGAGUCAGGAAUCAAACGGCGUUUACAGUAUUUACCC